UGAAAGAUUGGAGAAGAGAGGGAUCCCAAUCUUGCACCGCAACACCAGUGAGGAGGGUGUUUUCGUGGGACCCUGUGUUGAACCACCAAGAAAGCCAAGGAUCCAAGAAUUCCACCCCACCAAGAAUUACAAGCAAGUGUUGCUUCCGCUGCCGACACUAUCUUCUACAUAAAGUAACUGGAGGUUGACACACAUAGAGAGAGAGAGAGAGAGAGAGAGAGGGAGAGAAGGGAAAUGUUGAAAAGCAAAAUAGCAGAACAGUAGGAGCUUCCAUGUGAAGGGAGAGGGUGAGACACAUGUGAAGGGAUAGAUAAAAGAGAAAGCAAUCUCUCUCUCUCUCUCUCUCUCGAUCUCUGGGCGGGUGGCAAGCUAGUGCAGAAGAGACAUGACCGAGAAAUGGGGGUGAAAGAUGUGAGUCUGAUGGAAUACGAAUGAUCUAUCCAGGUGCUCUGUAUCUUGUUCUUGCUCGCCUCCAUAUAUGCUUGUGCAGGUAGAGGAUGAAGCAACGAGAUACAGAGCCCUCAAGAACAAGAACCCCUGACAUGGAAACCUCGUCACCCAAUAGCGAGAUUUGUAGCGUGGACACGUACCUUUCUCUGGGUCUCAGAGAACAGGGCAAAAAAGUUUUGGGCUUUCCUCAAGUUUUGACGCUCCUUUCUUCAGCGCUUGAUAGAUCUGUCCAGAAGAACGAGAGGCUUCUGGAGACAUCACAAUCUAAAGAUGUAGUCACCAUUUUCCACGGUGUAAGACCACCCUCUCUGACCAUUCGCCAAUAUAUAGAACGCAUCUUCAAGUAUUCGGGUUGCAGUCCGUCCUGUUUCGUCAUCGCUCAGAUUUACAUGGAUAGAUUCGUACAGAACACGGACGUUCACUUGACUUCUCUAAACGUUCAUCGCCUUCUGAUAACGAGUCUCACAGUAGCAGCGAAAUUCAUUGACGAUGCGUUCUUUAACAAUGCGUACUACGCCAAGGUCGGCGGAGUGAGCACGUCGGAGCUGAACCAGCUGGAGAUGAAGUUCCUGUUCUGCAUAGAUUUCCGAUUACAUGUGAACAUCGACACAUUCCAGCAAUACUGCUUGCUGCUGGAGAAGGAAGUGGCGGUGUCCGAAGGAGCACAAAUCGAGCGGUUGAUUCAGUCCUGCAGGAUCACAGAAAGCUGGUCUAAUAAAGAUGAUUCCACUUGGUACUCCCACAGUUGCUAGAUGGUGAUCUUGAAGAUAGAAAGAGAUUGUAUUUGUCACUGGUUAGAUAAGAAAGAGCAAAAUGUUCGUAGUUGAAUUUGAUGUUGAAACUGAAACCUGCAUUGGAUGAUGAUUUGUGUGGUGAAAGCAUGCUUUGCUUCCCCUAUGGCAGUAUAGUGUGGAUUCAUUUUC